CAAGUAUUAAGUUUAAAUAAUUAUAUUUAGUGUUCAAUGUGAUCAUCCUAGUGUGCAAGUGAUUUGCUGGUAAUAAUUUUAUUAUUUUUAUUUAGAAAAAUCUACAGUGGUUGUAACCCCUUAAGUUGUCUAAAAUGCCUAGAAGACGACGUGGGAACAUCGGCCGCCGCGCAAGACAUGCAAGCCAGCAACAAGCGUAUUCACGGAACUUAAGCGAAGAAAGACAAAAUUUAAUAAGAGAAAAUGCCCGGUUGAGGCAACGCGUGAGCACACAAAUAAGAUCAUUGGCAUCAUACAAUCGCUUGGCAUUUCAAUAUGAUCCCACUGCGAACUACGUGAUAACCGAAAUAAUGGCUCCUCGCAAGUCAAUAAUUAACCGCGAUGCUCGAGAGGCACGAAGAGCAAAAAGACGCCGUUUGAAUAUGACUGAGGAACAACGAGCCGCCGAUCGAGAGAAGAGAAGACUAAGACACGUCCAGAAGCGUAAGGCGGAAACACCAGAACAACGAGAAGCCAGGCUUGAAAUUGAACGAAUGCGACAACGUAAAUCGCGUAUUGCAAAACAACAAAUAUUGCGUCACGAAAAACGGAAGGCAGAGAUACAGAAAUUUGUUGAAGAAGAACUGGCGAAAAGAAAACCACGCUCAAGACAAACAAUCAAUAAACAUCUUUUAGCAUUGUUACCAAUUCAAUAUCUUCAAAAGAAACAAGAAAUAGAUAAUUAUGAAAUAACUGAAAUAUGUCCAAAAAAUGAAGAAAUAUGUCUACAGCGAUUUUUAGAGUCUGAGAUAAGAAUAGAUGAACAAAUAAAACAGGAACCGGUUGUUGAGCAUGUUGAUGUGGCCUCUAGUAGAAAUCCAACUGAAAUAUGUCCAGAAAAUGAAGAAAUAUGUCUACAACGAUUUUUAGAAUCUGAGAUAACGAUAGAUGAACAAAUAAAGCAGGAACUGAUUGAUGAGCAAGAUGUGGCCACCAGUACAAAUCAAACAAGUGAAGUAGUACUGAUGAACGCCUUUGUACAUUUGAUAACCGAAAUAAUGGCUCCUCGCAAGUCAAUAAUCAACCGCGAUGCUCGAGAGGCACGAAGAGCAAAAAGACGCCGUUUGAAUAUGACUGAGGAAGAACGAGCCGCCGAUCGAGAGAAGAGGAGACUAAGACACAUCCAGAAGCGUAAGGCGGAAACACCAGAACAACGAGAAGCCAGGCUUGAAAUUGAACGAAUGCGACAACGUAAAUCGCGUAUUGCAAAACAACAAAUAUUGCGUCACGAAAAACGGAAGGCAGAGAUACAGAAAUUUGUUGAAGAAGAACUGGCGAAAAGAAAACCACGCUCAAGACAAACAAUCAAUAAACAUCUUUUAGCAAUGUUACCAAUUCAAUAUCCUCAAAAGAAACAAGAAAUAGAUAAUUAUGAAAUAACUGAAAUAUGUCCAAAAAAUGAAGAAAUAUGUCUACAGCGAUUUUUAGAGUCUGAGAUUAGGAUAAAUGAACAAAUAAAGCAGGAACCGGUUGAUGAGCAAGAUAUGGCCUCUAGUACAAAUCGAACUGAAAUAUGUCCAGAAAAUGAAGAAAUAUGUCUACAGCGAUUUUUAGAAUCUGAGAUAACGAUAGAUGAACAAAUAAAGCAGGAACUGAUUGAUGAGCAAGAUGUGGCCACCAGUACAAAUCAAACGAGUGAAGUAGUACUGAUGAACGCUUUUGUACAUUGUAGGUCAUGCAAUACAAUAAAAUCUACAUUAAAUCGUCAUGAAAGAAUUCAUACUGGACCAUACCCUUAUAUUUGUGAAACAUGCAAAAGAAAACAGUAA